CCGCUGCGUCGUCCCCGUCAUGUGCACGCACCGAAGCCGCGAGUCCGUCCGGCGGUCGUUCCUCUUCAGUGUCGUCCAGUGUCGUCCGCGAGCGGCAACGGGUAGCGCGACCGAUUCGAGUUCCCUGGCCCUCGUGGGCGAGACCGGGCCCAGCGCAGCCUGGCGGACCUGACUCGAGGUGGCCGGCCCAACCUUGCGGCGCUGGGUUACCUCGAGUGACCUUGAACCUCGUGGGCGGAGCGACGGCGAGUGACCUCGGAUCCGACCAGGGUGCGACCAGGACCCGGAUUCGAGAGGUGCGUGGCCUAAUCCGGAGCCCACGAGCGGGAUUCCUUCGUUCCGGACUAACGUGAAAGUUAAAUGAAACCCCGCAUCCACGGCGUUCCCGGCUCUUCGUUUCACAGGAGGUCGCAGUAAAGAGAACUACAAAAUGGCGUCCAGCGGCGCCGACGACGGAGAUCUGAUCGACCUCGGCAGCGGAGCCUGCGUCCCACGGGCAACCGUAUCCCAGGCGAGUCCCGAGGAGCAGGAACACCUGCUGGACGUGUGUCCCCCGAAACUGGAGCAGAAGCUUUCCCUGACCCGGAAGCAAGAGCUGGUGCGCGAGAUCAACGACGACGGUGACGUCCUCGUCACCCUGGGCCACGACAGGGUGGUGCCGGUGCGCAAGCGAAUCGACGUCGUCUCGACGGACACCAUAAAGAGGAUCCGGGACAUCACGCGGAACUUGGAGCCAGUAAUCCACAGAAGGUCGUCCCUGGAUGGCGAGGACUUCCAGGACUCGGCGGACGGACUGGACGGGUCCUUGAGCCGGUCGAGGACGGAUCCGGAGGAAGAGGAGGAGACCGUCGAGGCGCAGGAGAUCAACGAUGCCUUCAACUUCUUGAUGGAAGUGGACGACCUUGAGGAACGAGAGGACCGCCUGAAACCCGACGACCUGGUCGAGAGGAAUCGCCUUAACGCGACCUCGGCGACGGGCAGCUUGAUGGGCGAUGGACGGACGUCUUAUCCCCUGGAGCCCACGUGCUUCAUUCGAAACCAUCACGAGCGAAGCAGGACCCUGGAGGUGGCGAAUCGCCUCGACUCGAAUGAACGGACGCAAAUCUCGCCGUUGGACCACGUCGAGACGGAAUUUCACGAUCUCGAACUGGACAAGGGGUCCGUUAUUCCGAGGAGCUCGAUCGGCAGGAACGGACCCUGGUCGGAAGAGGAGGAGACCUUCGAGGCGCAGGAGAUCAACAAUGCCUUCAACUUCUUGAUGGAACUGGACGACCUCGAGGAACGAGAGGACCUGGACGAGAGGAAUCGCCUUAACGAGACCUCGGCGAUGGGCAGCUUGAUGGGCGAUGGACGGACGUCUUAUCCCCUGGAGCUCACGUGCUUCAUUCAAAACCAUCACGAGCGAAGCAGGACCCUAGAGGUGGCGAAUCGCCUCGACGCGAACGAACGAACGCAAAUCUCGCCUUUGGACCACGUCGAGACGGAAUUUCACGAUCUCGAACUAGGCUCGAGGUCCACUAUUCCAAGGAGCUCGAUCGGCAGGAUCAGACCCUGGUCAGUGCACAUCGAUAUGGGGUACUCGAACGUUCACAAGUGCCACUCGCUCCGCUCGACCGAGGAGGGCAGGAAGGAGUCCGUGGACAAUAGAUCGUUUUCGGCCAGGCAGAGGCUGGACCGGAAGUCCUGGAGCAAAGGCGUCAAGUUGAGACCAGGACGCGGUGGAGGUGGAUUCGACAGGUCUAUCAGCGUUGACGCGGAUUAUCGUAGCGAACCCUCGACCUCGGACGGGGCGAGUCAUCGGCGGCAAGUCUCGUCUAUUGGGUUGGCGGACGAGUCGUCGGACUACUCGUCUUCGGGCUCGUCGGUGGAUUGGUCGUGGCUGGAGGAGGUGGCAGCGAGCCCCACCACGAGGAGCGGCACCUGCGCGGCGCGCGUGCGCGCCGACGUUGCCGGCGGGCGCGACUCGAAAGGCAGUGUCGCGAUGUCCGUCGCCGGCGAGGGAAAGUCUUCGGGCCCUCGCGAGGGCCAGUCGAGCGGGGCCCGGCCGGCCUCCGCCGCGGACUCCUGGGUGCGCGCCUCGAUGCGCCGACUGCGCCACCUCCGGCUGCCCGACUUCGAGGCCGCGGGCCGCGCCACCUCCGCGCCCGACUCGCUGCCCGACAUCGCGCUGGUCGCGCCCGACGUCCUGGCGGCGCAGACCAACGGCACCUCGGUCGGCCUCAGGCCCGCCAGCGCCCCCGCCCCCCUGCGCGCCGGCCCGCCCGCCAGUCCGCGCAGGGGCCGCUCGAGGGCCCCGACCGCCGCCGACGCCACGUGCUCCGUGGACUCGGCUUACUUCACCGGCUCCAGCCCCGCGUCCAGCCCCGCGUGCAGCCCCGCGUCCAGCGCCGUCUCCUCGCAGCAGGACGCCAACCGCAGAGUAUGCGAGAGGCAAAGAGAUGCAGAAAGAGACGACGACGUGGGCGAAGAUGACGACGAAGAUGGGAAUCCUUUGGGAAAAUGGCCGCACGCCCUCAGCCCGGCCCUGGCUUGCCUUGGGUGCACCUUGGGUCUCUUCAACAUCAGUAGAUUCUCGAUACUUAGUAUUCAAUUCGGAGUGAAUUUUAUCGUGCAGUUUCUGAUACUUUCCUUCGUCCUGGGAAUUCCUCUCUUGACGUUGCAAGUAUGUCUUGGACAAAGACUAGCUGCUGGAGCGGUAGACAUGUGGAAGAUUUCGCCCCUCUUCCAAGGUGUUGGGAUAGCAUUGCUGAUCGCCCAGGCCUUCAUUGGAAUCUACAGUGUCGUAGGAGUAUCGUGGAUGUUUGUCUACUUCAGGGACUCCUUCAUCACGAAGCAAGAUAGGUACAGAUGGGCGGAGCCGUUUCUUCUCUAUAGAGAAGACACAAAGCCCACUUACAACAGUACUUCGUACAAAUUGCAUGAAACCGUGCCGGACUAUUUCAGCGGUGCAGUUUUGCAAAGGCAUCAUCUGAACGAACCCGAUCCCGGCGUGGUGACAUUGAAGUUUCAAGUCGCAUUUAACCUGGCCGUUGUGUGGAUGAUAGUGUUCGUUUCCCUUAGCAAAGGCUUACGGUCUUACGGCAAGGUAGUUUACGUGUUCACGUUGGUCCCCGUCUUCGGUACCUUGAUCCUGUGCACAAAGUUACUAGGACUCACUCCGGCCGGUUCUAUUCAUCAGCUUUUUCCUGCCACGGUUUGGAACGAGUUUUUCGUGAAUGGCAGGUCGUGGCUGGCCGCUUCUUCCGAAGUCUUCCUGACUUGGGGACUGCUUGGCGCUGCCGCGAUGCAGAUAGCUGCCCACAACAAACACAAGCACCUGCUGCAACGCGAUACGAGUCUCGUGGUUGUGCUAACACUGGUCGUUCUUUUGCUCGCUGCCUUCUUGGCGAAUACCUGCGUCCAGAUCCUCAGGCACCAUGGAUACGUUUACACGACCAGCUCCUUUGAGAGAAUAUCAGGGUAUACGUUUAUGCGCCGAGUUAGUCAACCAGUACCACCGGGAUACAAUACCCCGGAAAGAUUCGUAUCUCACACGUCGUUCAUUGUUGGGCAGCGCGUGAUCAGACCUGGUUCUGAUCUCGGUAUGGAAUCUGGCUACCAAGUGUUGAGACUGUCCACGGAAUUGCUCCCGGCUACUCUGGCAUUGUUGGGCACCGAACAAGUGUCACCCUUUUGGGCAGUACUGUUUUACUUCAUCCUCAUCUUAUUUGGGAUCGCGCAACAGCUGGCAAUAUGGCACUGUGUAAUAACUGGUAUCAUGGCUAUCAAUACCAAAAUGAUGAAGCUUUGGGAGACUACGAUUACGUUCUUCAGCUGUGCUUGCGCGUACAUCUUAGGACUUCCCAUGGCUACCGAGCUGGGAAUAUAUGUUGUUUACUAUCUUGACUAUACCAUCGGCGGGUCCUGGUGGAUAAUGGUUCUUUACGUGGUCCAAGUUGGAGCAGUAUUUGCAUUUCGAGGGCGACCUUUCACCGGCGACGAGGUGGUGGCCGAAUUAUUUCCGCCGACCGGAGGAUGCUUGAGACACUGGGCUGGACCUCUCUUGUCCUUCACUUGGAACGUUAUUGCUCCCGUUCUACUCAUGAUCCUCAGCAUCACAGUUUUCAAAAGCGCUGGUUUCCGAGAGCUCUACACGUACCGCAGAACAAAUAGAGAUUAUUGGGCCGUAUGGGCGAGGCAACUGGGGGCAGCGAUUCAGCUAAUACCCAUCUUAGUCAUUCCAGCAGUAGGAAUAAUACAAACUUGCCGCUACUUGAACAGUGGUCCACCAGAUAUAUUCGAUGUAAGGGUCCGAAGAAUUCAGCUGCUCUACCGGCCUUUCCUGGAGUCAACCGACCCACGGGAUGCACAAACUCAAAGUCCGGGGGACACGACGACGAAUAUCAAUGGAAAUGGGAUUUUGCCAUCCACGACCGACGUGCCCUUCGAAGACCCCCCGCCUAAGUAUACCCCACCACCCAGUUACACCACCGCGACCGGAGCCAGAAUCGCGAAGAUGCUGCGACAGAGCUUUAGGAGAAGUGUCCGAAGAAUAGCAAACGUAUUGGGCGAGACCAGUGCCCCGAGAACGAGGCCUGCCCUCCAACCUCCGCCUCCGGAUUACGCCACGGUCUUGGUGGAGAUGACUCAGGGGGUACCAUCGCGAGACUCCUCGAUGAUCAACCCGGAACCCAGGCCCGACGUUACGGAUACCAGGAACGUUCGAGCGGAUGUGGCAGGAAGACAUCGGCCCAACACCAUUGACAGGAUGUCUAGGAUUAGCAUUAUAGAUAGGAGCGCCAUGGAGCGCACUCACGCGACUUUGGAUAGAAAUAGGAGACCUUACACGAACUCUGGUAGUUCCAACUUGACGGCGGCUGACGUAGCCAAUUUGUUGCGAAGCAGUAUCCGGCGAGGAACCGCGAGAACGCAGCAGACGUUACGCAGAAGCUUCGGUCAUGACGAGUCAACCACGGCAGCUUCCGUCGAGAAUCUAGUUGAGGCUGCUGCGCCGAUCGGCCAAGACUCCUUGGUCUUUCCAAAGGAUGUGUCUCUAGUCCCCGGGCAGGAUGAUAAAGACGAUAAGAAGACUGUAGAGGAAAUGGAUAAUUCCGUUUCUGUGAUAUAGACUGGCUCCAGAACGCGACCGAUGUGAUUCUAAGUCGAUGACUCUUCGGGCUUAUCGUGGCACGGUGUACAGGGUCUUUCGUUUAAGUUGGCGCGACAAAGUGUCUCAAAAAUUGUGAGCUUUGGAAGGAGAAUGAUGAUGGUUACUUUCAAUUUGGCGGGGGGUUUCAAGAUCGUUUCAAGGUCCGCUUUAGGUUUUUGGAUAAGAGCAUUUGCUUUUUAUGACACAAUAAUUAUCUACGUUAAAAAGCAUGACACUUUUCUGACAAGUUUCUUUUGCGUUUCACUUAAUGUUUUUGAGACAUGUUAAAGUUUGAGCAAAUCUGGUAUUGAAAACACUGAAUGAAGAUUGCGAUUACAAAGACUUCCUAUUUUAACAAAUGUUUAAAACGAUAAUACCCAAUGUCAAUAUAAACUAGACGUUUAGUGGGUAAUUACGUUAUUAUUGUCAUUUACCUUUUGCGUUCUGUUACUUGGUGAAUCGUAUUGAAUGUAAACCCUCUCACGUCAUAGAAACAAAAAAGAAAAUUAUUGCUAUUUCAACAAAA